AUGGUGUUUUCGGGUACUGAUAACGGGCUGGCUGUAAUGACAGAAACUAUUGGCGUGAAUCUGAACAAAUACAAAUAUCACUUGUCACUGCAUAAUAGAUUCUCUCCUCUCACCCAUCUCGAUGCUGAUGAAGGCAAUUUGUCUGAUAGCACUGGUACCGCUGCUGGUAACGAUGGCAAUGGCGUUGAUCAAGUUAUUACGAACGAUGCUAUUGACAAGGAUGAAAUUCGUGAUGGCAGUGUUAAAUGCGAUGGAGAUCCCAAUGGUGAUGAUGGCGACGCCGGCGCUACUGCUAAUGAUCGUGGUCAGACAACAACAUUUGAGCCUCUGUCAGAGUCAUACAAGAUGCGUGCUGAAGGUAUCGACUUUGGUUCUGGCCAAUUCAUGAGGCGAAAGAUCACUUUGAAAGACAAGAAAACAACAGAAGAAGGAAAGAGAGUUCAAGAGAUUGAGCAACAAUUGCCGAGAUCCAGUGUGUUCAGAGCCAAAGAGGUAGAGGAUGUCAUAUCAAAUCUUGAUGCACACAGAAGCAAUGGCCAAGCAUUGCGAGCGUUCUAUCAUUCAAAGAAGCAGAAUACUCUCUCUAACAAGACUGAGCACAUUGACAGGCGUUUCCGUUCUCGUUUCGCUUCGCGUGAAAGAUCCUUUUGUGCUGGUGUUCGUCCCCAAACGUCACUUGUAAUGUUCAUUGGAGAUCGUGGUCUUUGUGUCGACUCUCGUUUGAAGGGUCAUUUGAAGUAUGGUAGAAGAUGGAAGCCUCGCUUACAUUCAUCUGUCGCCACUGUGCAUACUACCAACGAACACAAGACAUCCCAGACGUGCACGUACUGCUUUGGGCCCACCUCUCAUCCCACACAAACCACCAAAGCAAAGGAUGGUAAGACCAAGAUAAGGUCCAUUCAUGGUGCAUUCCUGUGCUUAAAUCCUGCCUGUGUGUCCGUUCUCAAUCACAGAGCCAUUCAAGGUAGAGACAAGACAUCUGCUUUGGCCAUCGCUGUCUCUGGGCUUUCCACACUCUUAUUCAGGCAGCCAUUGCCUGUAUUCAACCCCAAAACCCAGUCAAUCCAACACUGGCACUACCUCCAAGAUCACCUCUUUCUGCAACAGAAACGAGAAACGGGACGGCAGCGGUGCUGCAUUAGCGGACGCUUGAGUCUUCAAGGUAAUAAUGUGCUCAAUCUGGCACUGCUUUACUAA